ACACUCCCGCCGCGUCACUGACACAGAAGAGCUGCUGCUGUUCACAGCGCCUCCUCAGGACACCACCAGUACUGCAGCCUACUGGACACACUGAUCAGUCUGAUGGAUUAGAUGAGAAGUGUCUGUGGAGGUGCAGUCAGGAAACACAUGCCAGAUUCCUGAUUUGUUGUGUACCAUCAUUAGUUGCCUUUGAAUCAGUAACGGAACAGUAUUCAGGACGUAGACACGUCGUAUCGUCGUUAUAAUAUUGCAGUUACGCAACAUAUUUCACACACUUUGACGUAUUUUGUCAUAUUUUUUAUGUGAUCUUGUAUCAUAGACUAUAGUCGCUGGAUCUGCUCAUCACGUGAUGUGAGCUGAAAGCAAAGCAAGUUUAUUUUCUGCUUAAAUGAAAGUGAAAGUAUCCUGAGUGACUCGUUGUGCUGCUGCUGGAGCAACACGAAGAAUCAAGGCUCGGUUCACUAAUGAAUAGUCAUGGCUUUAAUCUUGAAGAUGCUUAUUUACGUCUAUCUGUCUGCAGGUGUGCAGAGCGUCCAUCAGAUAGCAUGGCUGUCCUGUCAGUUCAUUGAUGAACAUGUGACUCUAAAUAAUGAGAGUCAUGUUGACACUCAGCUCAUCUACAGAGAGGCCAUGCUGCAGUUUGGUCAAGCAGGAGAUUCUCCUGUUAAUCCACGAGCCGUCACCUUCCUGGUCACAGGAUCCAAGCUGGACCUGCGGAGGUACAUGGAGGGGGUGGAGGCAGAACAGGUGGAGUGUGAGCUGCGUAGAUACAGUACAGAGGGAAUCCAUGUCCGCUGGCCUGUCCAGGGGGCUCAGGGCUACAACCGCUGGUUCAGCUGCACCAUCAAACACAGUCAGGACCUUUUCACUGUCACCGGCUUCCUCAGACAGUCAUCAGACCAGCCUCCACCAGGACAGCAGGAUUACCGACGCUGGCCGGCAAUCGAAGAUGGGGAGACACUUACUACAACAGUUGCCAUGGUCAUCAAAACGCAAUCUCCAUCAGUGAAAGCAGGACUGGGGUCCCAUAAAAAGCUCCACUGCCAGUUUGCCAUCGACCACAAAGGACCAAAUGUUACUGUGGAGUGGCAUCGGCAGCAUCGUGGAGAAAAGCUCAAACUGUUCAGCCAUACCAGUCGCUCAGGGCGGACCGAGGGGACUGGUGUUGCGCUGAAGGAUCUGGCAGGUGGAGAUGCCUCCUACAAACUCGAAUUCACAAAGAUGAACAGCGAAGCGACCUACAUUUGUUCGGUGUCAGUGAAUCCCCUGUUUGCAAGUCUGGAUAUAAACCUGCACAUUGAAGAGCCUCCCAAAGUCUCCCUCAACGUUGAACCCACUGUGUCCCUGCAGGAGGGGGAAGAGCAGAAGAUAGUUUGUGAGGCAGGAGGCUACUACCCUCUGGAUGUGGAGAUAGUUUGGUACGAGCAGGACCCUGCAGCGUCGGGUCAGAGAGUCGGAGCUCCUCUGCCCAAAGUGCUGCAGAACAUCCUGCUGUCCAGUCACAAACUCAACAAGGACGACACCUACUCAGUCUCAGCCUUCUUCUACCUCCAGGCUUCUCUCAGAGACUCAGGGAAACAGUUUACAUGCAGCGUUUCACACAAGUCCCUGAGAGUGCCCAUCAAGAAGAGUUUCAUCCUCCAUGUUGAAGAGCCGGGCAGCUGGAGCUUUAACCUCAUGGUUGGCUUCACUGUGAUCACGCUGUUGGUCAUUCUGUGUGUGAUGCUGCGUUACCUGUACUCAGCAAGAAAACGGUCAUUGCGGGAGAAACCAUACUGAGGAGCCUCUGUGGUCUGAGAAGAACAUCACAGUGAAGACAGACCAUCUCCAUCACUCCUCUCCUCAUUCAUUGCUAUCUCAGGAUGCUGCAGGUGUUUGAUUUAGAUUUUCUGGUGAAUAUGGGUUUCUGUGAAACUGAAGAUCUGUUUGUAUGUUGCACUAAUUUUAUUUAAUUGUAUGCUUUGCAGUAGCUUGAUGUUAUAGUAAAUGAUUGGUGUUACUGGAAAAAAGAGAAAACUGGUGAUAAUGCUACAAUCACAGUUUAAAGGUCCUUUGUGGGGUUCUGACCACUAGUAGUGCUCUGGUACACACAGAGAGAGCAACAUGACACUCAAUCCUGGUCUACAGGUGGUCGUACUGUACGGAGAACCAAAGCAGUUCUCUGUGAAAUAGUGAAGAGAAAAACUGUUGGUUGCAAAUGAGGAAUUAAAAUGGUUUUUUAAAUAGGCUUUGUCUGUUUUUUGUUGUUUUUUUCCUCGUUAACACAUUCGGCAAGCUUGUGCGACCAGACAUACAGAAUGUGUUUAUAUCUGAGUGUGAUUCAACUACAGCAUUAUUUACUUAAAAGAAAACUCCACAGGACAUCUUUAUUGAAAUAUGGGUGCAGCAAAUCUAUAAUGUCACUAAAGCUGCUCAGUGUUUGUUGAACAGUAAAAUGAGAACAGUAUACUGGAAUAAAAAGCAAUUAUUGUCGUAAUAUGAAUGAUUUUGGAGGUUAUUUAAUUUCUGGUGAUUGUUAGACUUUUGGCUGCCUAUGAGUGAAUAAUAAAAGGGUUAUUUGGAUUUUAA